AAGACUCGCAAGGGCAAAGAAUCAGGGUGAUUAAAGUAAAGCCCAAGGACGGUAACAAAAAGAAACCUUACGUGAAGCAUGGAGAUGACUGUGAUCUUUGUGAUAUUUCUUUUGGAAGUAUUAUGGGAGACUAAAGCUAUGUCAGUAACAGGAAACAAGGGCAGCUCUAUCACAGUAACCUGCUCUCACUCCAACGCCGACUCCAAAGUCAAAUAUUUCUGCAAAGGACAAUGCACAUAUCAAGACAUCCUCAUAAGCAGCACUACCAUUUCAAAUAAAAAAUACAAAAUUGAAGAUAAAGGAAAUACAUUCAGUGUCACUAUCUCUGACCUGAAAGAAGAUGACUCUGGAACUUACUGGUGUGGAAUUGAACGAGUUGGUUUGGACACAUAUAAUCAAGUAAUCCUUACAGUUUUAGCUAACCAAGAUAAGGCAGCCUAUAGACAUGCUUCUCUUUCUGAGACGGUGGUGUACACUGGAGUAACUCUCGGUGUGGUGGUGCUAGUGCUGGGCGUGGGACUUCUGAUUUUCUUCAGACAUCGAAACAGUAACAUCAAUGCAUCAUCUGGACAGUACUAUGACCUGGUGUUCAGGGCCAUCCAGAUCCAGAUUUUCCCUCUGUAA